GGUUUCAGACGGGCCAUCCAGCAUAUCAGUAACUAUGUUUACCGCACUGAUUCUGUUGUGUCUCGGAGCCUUUCUUCUGUUCUUGCAGUUCAGAAUUCAGCGACCUAAAAACUUCCCCCCUGGACCCACUCCUGUUCCACUUUUUGGAAAUUUGCUACAAUUUGACCGCAUAAACCCGUUAAAGGACUUUGACAAGUUUGCUCAGCGCUAUGGAUCAAUCUACGCACUGUACAUUGGUAGGCAGCCAGCAGUGGUGUUGACGGGACAGAAAAUGAUCAGGGAGGCACUGAUCACACAAGCGGUGGAGUUUGCUGGCCGAUCAGAGAACAUGAUGGUCAGUCAUGUAACAAGGAGCAAAGGGGUGAUCAUGGCAGAUUAUGGAGACAGCUGGCGGGAACAUCGACGCUUUGCUCUGACCACACUGAGGAACUUUGGCCUUGGAAAGAGAAGUAUGGAGCAGAGGAUUCUGGAGGAGGUCAAAUAUAUCUGUUCACACCUGGAGGAAUUUGCUGGAAAGUCAAUUGACCCUCAACAUCUAUACCACCAAGCUGCUUCAAACAUCAUUGCCUCAAUAAUCUUUGGGUCACGUUUCAAUUAUCAGGAUGAAUAUUUCCAGACACUGAUCACAACUAUGGAAAAACUUACUAAAAUUGCCAUUGGACCAUGGGCAAUGCUGUAUGAAAUAGCCCCAGUGUUAAGGAUUUUCCCACUGCCAUUCUGGAAAGCUUUUCACUAUUUUGAGACAAUCAAAAAACACAUUCUUAAAGUUGUGGAUGAGCACAGGACAUCACAUGUUACCGGGGAGCCCAGAGACGUGAUUGACUGUUACUUGGAGGAGAUGGAGAAGAGAGCAGGUCAACGCACAACAUUUGAUGACUCACAAUUGGUCACUUUGCUGUUUGACCUGUUUAUUGCUGGAACUGAUACAACCUCUAACACACUUCGAACUUUAACUCUCUAUUUGAUGACGCACACUCAUAUACAGGAGCAAUGUCAGCGGGAGAUUGAUGAAGUCCUUGGUACUCGUGAACAUGUCACAUAUGAGGAUAGAAACGCCAUGCCUUACGUACAAGCAGUGAUUCAUGAGGGUCAGCGUGUUGGUGACAUUGUUCCUCUUAGUAUGUUUCACGCUGCCAGAACCGACACUCAGCUCCAGGGCUUCAGCAUCCCAAAGGGAACAGUUAUCAUCCCCUAUCUGUCAUCUGCUCUCAGAGAGGAAAGUCAGUGGAAGUUUCCACAUGAAUUCAACCCUCAAAACUUCUUGAACGAAAAGGGGGAGUUUGUGAAGCCUGAUGCAUUCAUGCCUUUUUCUGCUGGAUCUCGUGUGUGCUUAGGAGAAAAUCUAGCUCGCAUGGAGCUCUUCCUCAUCCUGGUCACAGUGCUGCGACGAUUCCGUCUGACCUGGCCGAAGGAUGCAGGAGAGCCGGACUUCAAAUAUAUAUAUGGUGGAACACAGUCAGUGAAACCUUACCGUCUGACUGUACAACUACGCACACCUGGGGAGACUUGUGAAACUGUUCAUUGAACAUAUGUUGCCCUUCAGUGACAACAUGCCCCAGUAGCAGGUUAUCACAUCAUACUCAAUAUCACCUGCCAUUAACUUUAAAAAAUUUUUUAGCUUUUCAAGCGCAUAUAAACGCACAAUGUAUAAACAUGCAAAUGUAUAAACGCACAAGACAUUAAAAAAUAUUCUAAGUUACCAAACUGUAAUUACAACAUAUAAGGCAAGGCAAGGUAAGGCAAUUUUAUUUGUAUAGCACAUUUCAUACACAAUGGUAAUUCAAAGUGCUUUACAUAAAGAAGAAUAAUAAAAAUAAAACAUAAGGAAUAGAAAUAACAGUAAAAACAGAAUUUUGCUAUCUGGAUAGAAGAGCUAGGAAGUCUUAGGGAGGUUUUUUUUUUAUUAUAUAAAGCACACAUGACAACUUGCACUGACAUUUAUGAAAAAUACCUUUGCCCUAAGAUGUUAAACCGUGUGGUUUUAUUGUAUUUGCUUAUUUACCUAAUGCCUGCAGCAAAAAUAUAUUGUAAUUUUAAUGGAGUUUAAAGCAAUAUAGGCCUACGGAGACUGUAGCUUUGUGACAACUAGCCCCAGUCUCUUGGCAGCUUUAUUGCAUUCAUCUUUUAACAAUUCUUUACAACUGUUCUAUUGUGCAAUCAUGACACUUCAAGUGGUAGUGUUUUAGUAUUUUUAUUUUGCUUUUAAAACGCACUUUAAUAGCUACCAUUAAAAAAAUAACCCAAAUACAA